ACUGCUCGACGUUGGUUCGUUCAGGCACGCUCACUAUAGCAUUUCGCGUUGUAUAUCAUUCCUUACUCAUUGCGAUUGCGGGAAUUUUUUUAUAUUUCUUCUACCAUUCAGUGAAACGAGCUCGUUCUAAAAAAUCAGAUUCAUCAGCACAUUCAUCCAUUCAUUUCUAAGCAGCUACAACGAGUUACAGUGUUAUCGCAGUGAUUCAAACGAACGCGUUACAUUUUUUUAUGUUUUCACGAUGUUGCGGUUUCAACGUUCAUCACUCAUUAUUUUAAACAGCGUUUCGUUCAUCGUUCAUCGGACAUAAGAGUUGCAAACUUAUUUCCGACACGUUCAACGAAAUUAGAAAAAUACAUAACCCGCGUGGCAGUUUUGCUGGCGUGGAAACUAUUAGUGCGCAACUGCAUUCCCGUACGCGUCUUUUUCAGAUGAUAGCGGCAUUUCUACCAAAUCUGUGACCUGCUGGCCUACUUUUACCGGUAUAUGUCCAGAUAAGGACUCGUACGCACCUUGGACGGAAUUCAUCAGUGGAAGGAAAGAACUAGAAAAGGAAUAACCUUUUUUUGUAUUCACUUCGGUCAUCGUUGCAUAGGUAAUCCUCGGACGUGCAAGGUUAGUUGGAUUUUUUUCAAACCCGGGCCCUGAUUCUUAAUAAGUUGAAUAAUGUCUCACGUCGAUGACGAAACAUUGAUCGAACUCAGGAGAUCAAAUUUCAUUAAUUUGCUUACUUGGUAGUAAAAAAAACGCCGAAACGGAGGAAUGAGAAAUUUCAAGAUAAGACGACAAAUAAAGAUUUCCAUGUACUUAUAUCUCGUUCUCCCCUGAACGGGAGCAGAGACGUUUGUCGUAGAUUCAAUUGAGUAAUGCACGUUAAGAGGUAUCUUGACAAUUUUAUGAGAAAUGAAGUUACGCGGUAAUUUUAAAAAGCAUUGUAAUAAAGAAGAGGACGUCGCUCCUCUAACAAUUUUUAUUUCUUUCUACAGGCAAAGUUUGCAACGUGUGACGUGCUCAAAUGAUAUUUGAAAAUUUUUAUGUAAUUUACAGGAAAAUUCUGGCAAGCAGGAGUCGGCUGAGCGUCCCCGUAGAGAAAACGCAGGAAACUAGUGGUGUACGGAAGUCAGCUGAAGGAACGCAGAACGACGGAAAGUCGCACACGUGAAAACGGCGUGGAAGGGAUUGUCAAAAAUAUACCGGUAAUAUAGAAGACUGCCGAUUAGUUUCGAGGCAGGCUACAUGGUUACGAUGAAUGAAGGAACACGAAACAGAAAGUACAAAGACGAAAAAUAUUUGCGAUGGAAAAGGAGAAAAUUCACGGUGCAAUUUCUCUCGGCGGUAAAGCGUCUUCCCGGGCCGAAAGAUUGCCAAUUUUUAUCAAAGGAACAAGAAUUCAGUGAAGAAUGACGGAGAGAUUCCACGGAUAGUACUAGCGGUGCUGGAACGUCCGAACUACCCCAAUCAAAUGCGAAACAAGUUCCAUGCCCCACAUGGAAGAUGGAAUGGCUCCAUGAUGAAAAAAUGCUCCUUGAAGAAAAAAACAACGAAUGGAAUGAUAUCGACACUGAAAAUGCGGAAACUAUUACCGCUUCGUCACAUGCUGAUGAUAUUAAUAGCGAAGACAUGACUUUAAAUAUCGCCGAUCUGAACGAUGUCAGUCCGAGCCAAAUUAUGAGCGAAGACGACCAUGAAGUCAGUGACGAAGACGGCAAUAAUUGCUGCGACAAUGAUGACAACGACGACAUCAGCUGGCGUGAUGUUGAUGAAAGCAGCAUCGACGACGACGACGACGACAACGAUGACGACGACGACGACGAAGAUGAUGGAGGCGGGGGCGGUGGUGGCGGCGGUGACGGCAUCGAUGAAGAAGACGAUGAAGACGUAAGUGCUUUCUCUAUUAAACAAGGACCUCCGAUGACCUUCAGACCGGAUGUACGAGAAAACCAUUUUCUCUGGAUAAUGAUGGCGGAAGCUACUCGAUUCAACCUGAGUAUCGAAGCAACUUUGGGAAUAAUAAGAGCAAUAAAGAAGCUUUUGAACCACAACACCCUACCGGUAGAUAAAAAGACUCUGUGGAAAAGAGUCGGGAGGAAAGAAGAGACAACGCAGGAACGUCACCUGUACUGCAAGAUGUGUCAAGGAAAAGUGGGAAUAGGGAAGGUACCGCAAGAGGACUGUCCGUGCGGAAUUUCGGGCCCGAACAAAGAGACGUCUUCGAUAUCGUUCUUUAUAAAAUUAGACGUGAAAAAGCAAUUGCGACGCUUUUUCCAGACACGAAAUAUAACGCAACUCCUAAAUUAUCGGAAUACACGGGAAAAAAUCAAUCCAGAAGGAAUAGAAGAUGUCUUCGAUGGAAGGUACUACAAACAGUUGCGAAAGGAGGGUCAUUUCUUAAACUCGAAUUGGAAUUUUUCAUUAACUUUGAAUACGGACGGAUGCCAAGUUGGGAAAUCUUCAAAGCAGACCGCGUGGCCGAUAUUACUAAUGUUGAACGAACUUCCUUACCAUGCGCGAAAACAUUUCAUAAUCAUCGCAGGAAUUUGGGUCGACGAUAAGCAACCGAGAAUGGAGGUGUACAUGGAACCGAUAAUUUCGGAACUGCGCGAUUUGUAUAACACCGGUAUUAGCUGGAGUCCUGAUGAAAACGGGCGAGUGACCAGUAAAUUUGUUACCACGAUUUGUACUCUCGAUUCACCUGCCAGAGCGAAGUUGUUAAAUACUACUAGCUACAAUGGCAUGUAUGGAUGUAAUUUUUGUUAUGCUACCGGAACAAGAAUGGAUAAUGGGUCCAGAAAAUAUGCGAUGGAAGAAAUAAUAGAUCGAACGGAUCAACAAAUUCGUAGGCAUAUGGAGGAAGCACAACGCACCGGAAUAAGACAGAUGGGUUUGAUGGGACAAUCGACGCUGAGAUACUUACCACAGUUUGAUCUGCGACUCGGAGUUGUUGUGGACUCAAUGCAUUGCGUCGACAUUGGCGUUGUUAAGAAAUUGACACACCUGGUCGUCUUUGAGCCGCCACCAGAUAUCCAACAAACGACCGCAACAAUGGAACGAAUAAUUGAUGAACGUUUGUCGAUGAUUCGAACGCCCAGCAGUAUUUCCAGAAAACCAAGAUCUAUAAAACUUCGCAAAUUAUGGAAGGCGAGUGAGUGGCGCAAUUGGCUGUUGUAUUAUAGUUCGGUAUGUUUGGACGGGCUGAUCCCUGAGAAGUAUUUGACUUUAUUUACAACACUGUCGGACGCUAUGCACACGCUGAACGGUGAUUCAUUCACAAGUGAACAACUCGAAAUCGCUACCGUGUUGAUAAACGACUUCGUCGCGAAGUACGAAGAAUUGUUUGGAAUGGAGCACAUGACAACGAACAUGCAUCUCCUGCAACAUCUGCCACGUUCCGUAAAAUGUUGGGGACCGGUGUGGGCGCACAAUUGUUACGCAUUUGAAAGUUUCAACAGCCGUAUAUUGAAGUCACUGAACAGCAGUACCGGUAGACAAGUGCAAAUAGCGAAUAGAUAUUUAAUGACGGAUUUCGUACGAAAUAUCAGCAGCGAUCCGACAGCAAACGUUUUCACGAAAAAAAUUGUAAAAGAAAUUACAAAUUCCGCCAAAAAAGUGCAAAACCGGAAUGACGACGAUUACGAAAAUUAUUAUAUAUUCAGAGGCUACGGGAAAAGUACAACCCGAACCUUAUUCGAGUGGGAACGAAACAUAUUGGUCGAGGAAAGACUAAGGUGCCGUCAGACAAUAACUGUAUUGGGAAAAGCUGUUUUGAAAGGAACAAUAUACACGAGCAGAGAAACCGAUAAAGAGUAUACGCGCAGCUGCGACAAGUUCAUUUAUACGAAAAGAGGGGAAUUCGCUGAAAUAUUAGAAAUUGUCACGUUCGUAACAAUCGAAGGAGAGGAAUUUAAUGGAUUCUUCGUAUUGUGGUUUGAAAAUACCGGUGAUGAAUCUCCGAGCGGACACUUGCAAAGCUUACGCAUUUCAAGAAGAGGAUUUGUCAAAGCGCAAAACGUGCGGCUACCGGCGAUAAUAAUAAAAAAGAAUGCAAUUAUUUACGGAAUAAAAAUUGCUAAUACUUGGGAAACCGACUAGGACGGCUUCUGAAUACCAAACAAAAAGAAAUCGACCGUGGACGCAACGUGGUAUUAAUUUCAGUGAUGACUCCUUCCAAGAAAUGUCUGUUAAUGAAACGAAAUGUAAAUGUCGACAAGUAUACGCCAAGUAAUUUUACGUUGCAGAAACAUUGAAUAAUACUACCGGGUGAUGUGCUACGAACGGAAGAGAGUGACGGUGCAUCAAAAAAAAUUGUAUUUUGACAAAACUUAAUAAAAAGCUGUAACGGUAGAGUAUGAAAGAAUAAGUGAUGAAUUAAAUGCAAUUAGGGAGUUACUGACAGUUGUAAGAGAAUGAAAGUAUGCAAGAAAAAGUUGUGAGCGGAUCGUGCUCCCGCAACGACCAAGGGGACAAGAAUCUUUACGUUGUCCCUGUGGAAAAAGGGGCGAAUAAGAAGACAAAGUAGUAGUUGCAAAAAAAGUAAUGAAUAUACCGGUAAUUUCUCUGUGAAUGAAAUAAUCAUGUCGACGCAUUCGUAUCGCAGGAUCACGUGAGCGUGUACCCUUAACUUGAUAAUAUAUUUACGUUACAAUUUGUCAA